CCAUAGCAGAAGUGAAGCUUGGCAAGCAAAGCUCCUUUCAGAAUAGCCAUGGCAACAUCCCUUGAACCUCUGCUACGCUCUUCCCAAAUCAAAGCCUCUCACUGCAAGUCUCUCUAUUUGGUCAUCUUCUUAGCUGCUAUCAUAACCCCCAUUGCUCUCUUUUCUAUCCCUCUUAUCAAAACCAUCUCCACUGGCCCUCCCCGUGUGCUCCACAACCAUGUGAUGCAAAUGGAAGAUGUGGAUCAACUUCAGAGGUUCCUCAAGGAAUCCAUGUCACACUUGCAAGGUGUGAUGGAGAUGACGGUCGAUGUCAACCGUCGGAUGAAUGACCCUAGGGAUCAAGCUGCUCUGUCUGACUGUGUGGAGCUCAUGGACUUGUCCAUGGGCAGGAUAAGGGACUCUAUGGAGGCCCUUGGAAGGGGGACGGUCGAUUCCCACGCAGAUGCUCAUGCCUGGCUUAGUGGUGUCCUCACCAAUUAUAUCACCUGCAUGGAUGGGAUAAAUGGGCCAUCCAGAAUUUCAAUGGAACGUGGCCUCAAACACUUGAUCUCAAGAGCAGAAACCUCACUGGCCAUGCUUGUUGCAGUUUCACCUGCCAAAGAGGAUGUUCUCCAGCCACUUCACAGUGAAUUUCCACCAUGGGUGGACAGCAGAGACAGGAAACUCUUGGAGAGUUCGUCUAAGGACAUUAAGGCCAAUGUUGUGGUGGCAAAGGAUGGGAGUGGGAACUACAAAACAGUGAAAGAAGCCAUAGCAUCAGUCCCAAAAAAUAGCAAGACCCGAUAUGUCAUCCAUGUGAAGAAGGGAACAUAUAAAGAGAAUGUUGAAAUUGUCACGAAACAGAAAAAUGUGAUGAUCGUUGGAGAUGGCAUGGAUUCAACGGUUAUCACAGGAAGCCUAAAUGUUAUCGAUGGUUCCACAACCUUCAAGUCAGCAACUCUUGCUGCCGUUGGUGAUGGGUUCAUAGCACAAGAUAUCUGGUUCCAAAACACAGCGGGACCUCAGAAGCAUCAAGCAGUGGCGCUUCGAGUUGGGGCUGAUCAAGCCGUCAUAAACCGAUGCCGCAUCGACGCCUACCAGGACACACUCUAUGCACACACCAACAGACAAUUCUACAGAGAUUGCUACAUCACUGGUACCGUGGACUUCAUAUUUGGUAAUGCAGCAGUUGUGUUUCAAAACUGCAAGCUAGUAGCCCGAAAGCCCAUGGAUAAACAAGCCAACAUGGUCACAGCCCAAGGCCGAACCAACCCAUAUCAGAACACUGGAACUUCAAUCCAAAACUGCAACAUAAUAGCCAGCUCUGAUCUUGAGCCUGUAAAGGGCACCAUAAAAUCAUACCUGGGUCGACCCUGGAAGGAAUACUCUAGGGCUGUGGUCCUGCAGUCAUACAUUGGAGAUCAUAUCGAUCCAGCAGGGUGGUCAGUGUGGGAUGGGGAAUUUGCAUUGAAGACUUUGUACUAUGGUGAGUAUGUGAAUAGGGGACCAGGGGCUGGCACCAGCAAACGCGUUAAAUGGCCAGGCUAUCGCGUCAUUACCAGUCCCGCGGAGGCCAGAAAUUUCACAGUAGCUGAGCUGAUUCAAGGAGGGACCUGGUUGGAGUCCACUGGUGUGGCUUACACAGAAGGGUUGUGAUCAUUUUAGUUAAUAUGCCUUUCCCUUCUAUGCUACAAUAAGCUAAUGUUAUGGUAAUUCACCUGAAUCCUAUGUUGUUCAUGUGCCAGUAUGCCACAUGAUCUCCCAUUGGAAAUGGUCAUCUAUGUUAUGGUUGACAUUUGGUAUCAACGCUCUUCUGAUUGCAUCUUCA